CGAGAGUACAUGUGCGCUUGCUCAGAGGUGGCGCAUGCGCUUUUGCGUUAUGUGGAGAUUAGUCCGAACCGGUGCGGCACGAAUGUGUAGGGCGACGGGGGUUGAUUGGAGUUGAGCAAACUUCACCCUGUCCGCUGCUGCACCAUGGCACAGUUUGGGGGUCAGAAAAACCCACCAUGGGCUGCCCAGUUUGCAGCCACUGCAGUCUCCCAGCCGGGACAGUCCCUUGACAUAAACAGCUUGCACUCCGCUCUAAGCGUCCAGCAGCCAUCCCUUCUUGGAGCCUCUCCUGGAAUAUAUUCUCAACAAUCUGCCUUAGCAGCUGCCAGCCUCAACUCGCAGUCUGCUGCUAGUUACCAGUUAUCGCAACAAACUGCUGCGCUACAGCAGCAAGCUGCUGCAGCUGCGGCUGCUUUGCAACAACAGUAUCAGCAACAGCAGCAGCAGCAACAACAACCACCACCACCUCAGCAAACUCUGUACAGUGUCCAGCAGCAGUUACAGCAGCCACAGCAAGCAUUGCUAACUCAGCCACCUGUUGCUUUGCCUACCAGUCUCAGUCUGUCUAAUCCACAGCCAGCAGCACAAAUUACAGUCUCCUACCCAGCACCCAGAUCCAGUCAGCAAACACAGCCCCUGAAACAGCGUGUUUUUACUGGUGUGGUUACAAAGUUACAUGACACCUUUGGGUUUGUGGAUGAAGAUGUCUUCUUUCAGCUUAGUGCUGUCAAAGGCAAAACACCGCAGGUUGGUGAUCGAGUGCUGGUUGAAGCUGCGUAUAAUCCAAACAUGCCAUUCAAAUGGAAUGCACAAAGAAUACAAACUUUGCAACAUAUGGCUCCGCAGUCAAGCCAACCUCAAGGCCAGCCUUUACUCAAGACUACACCAACAAUGUUGCAGUCUCUGCCUCCAACAGCUACCUUUAGUGUUCAGGCCCAGGCCCAGACACAGCCACCUGCAUUGCUACAAGCUCAGCUCUCUGCUGCUUCCCUUGCUCCAUUGCUGCAGAACCCUCCUCAGCCCUUACUGCCCCAGCCACCACAAAAAGCAGGCCUGCUACAACCUCCUGUACGUAUGAUCCCCCAACCACAGCCUGCACGAAGGAUAGAUCCUACACCUAGACUCCCUAGCAGGAACGACCGAGGAGACCCCAUUGGAGCGAGAAAAGAAGACAGAAGCCGUGAGAGAGACAGAGAAAGGAGACGGUCUAGAGAGCGCUCACCGCAGAGAAAGCGUUCAAGAGAGAGAUCGCCACGUAGAGAACGCUCACCAAGAAGGCCUCGCAGAGCAGCUCCACGUUAUACUGUGCAGUUCUCAAAAUUUUCUUUGGACUGCGUUAACUGUGAUAUGAUGGAACUCCGAAGACGCUAUCAAAAUCUUUACAUCCCUAGUGAUUUCUUUGAUGCAGAGUUUACAUGGGUGGAUGCUUUUCCAAUUUCUCGUCCCUUUCAUUUUGGAAACUACUGUAGUUUCCACAUUAUGCACAAAGAGGUGGAGCCCUUAGUGAAAAACACAGCUGUGCUUGAUCCUUCAGACGCUAAUCACUUGUAUAGUGCAAAGGUGAUGUUAUUGGCAAAUCCCAGCCUAGAUGAUCUGUAUCACAAAUCAUGUGCCCUUGCUGAAGACCCUCAGGAGGUUCGAGAAGCUUUCCAACAUCCUGCAAGGUUGAUCAAGUUUUUAGUUGGCAUGAAGGGAAAGGAUGAGGCUAUGGCUAUUGGUGGGCACUGGUCUCCAUCUCUGGAUGGCAUCAAUCCUGAAUCGGAUCCCUCUGUGCUGAUAAAGACAGCUGUCCGUUGUUGUAAGGCUCUCACAGGCAUUGAUCUAAGUUUAUGCACUCAGUGGUACCGUUUUGCAGAGAUUCGCUAUCAUCGCCCUGAGGAGACCCACAAGGGGCGUACAGUUCCAGCUCAUGUGGAGACAGUGGUUUUAUUUCUCCCGGAUGUUUGGCAUUGUCUUCCCACCCGCUCUGAGUGGGAAACCCUCUCCCGUGGAUACAAGCAGCAGCUGGUCGAGAAGCUCCAGGCUGAACGAAAGGAGGCUGAUGGAGAACAGGAAGAGGAAGAAAAGGAUGAAGGGGAACUGAAAGAGAUUUCUACUCCAACUCACUGGUCAAAACUGGACCCCAAGUCCAUGAAGGUAAAUGAUCUUCGUAAGGAACUGGAAAGCCGCAGCCUUAGUUCAAAAGGAUUAAAGUCUCAGUUAAUCGCUCGUUUGAUGAAACAGCUGAAAGUGGAGGAACAAACAGAUGAAUUGAAAGAACCAGAAAAAACAGACAAUACAGAAGAGGAGGAGGAAGAACAGAUGAAGGCAGAAGAAGACAAGGAGGAGGAAGAAAAACGACGCCUGGAAGAAGUGGAACGCCAGCGAAGAGAGCGUCGCUACAUUCUACCAGACGAGCCUACAAUUGUCGUGCAUCCAAACUGGGCUGCUAAGAAUGGCAAAUUUGAUUGCAGCAUCAUGUCGUUGAGUGUUCUGCUAGACUACAGACUCGAAGACAAUAAAGAGCAUUCUUUUGAAGUAUCUUUGUUUGCUGAACUGUUCAAUGAAAUGCUUCAGAGAGACUUUGGUUACCGCAUAUAUAAAGCAGUGGCAUCCCUCCCUCAGAAGGAUGAAAAGACAGAUAAAAAGGAAAAAGUUAGAAAAGAUGAUAAAAAAGAUACAGAGAGGAAAGAAGUAGAUAAAAAAGAUUAUACCAAGAGUAAAGAAAACCGUGAUGAAGACAACGUUGAGCCGAUUGCUAAAAGAAAUAAAUUAUUUGAAGAGAAAGAAGAAAGAAAGGAUGAUAAAGAAAAAAGGAAGGAGGACCUGAAAGAUGAAGAUGAAAUUGAUGAGGAAAGCAAUAACGCCACUGCUGAGGAGUAUGACCCUAUGGAAGCUGAAGAGGCAGAAGAUGAUGAUGAAGACGAAAAAGAAGAUGAAGAAACAAAUGGUAAAGACAGAAGAGAUUACAAAAGAGAUGAAAGAAAAAAUAAAGAAAGGUCUUCAAAAGAUAAGGAAAAAGAAAAGAAGCAAAUGGUCACAUACAACAAAGAUCUUCUUAUGGCAUUUGUUUAUUUUGAUCAAAGCCACUGUGGAUAUCUCCUAGAAAAAGACUUGGAGGAAAUUAUUUACACAUUGGGACUACACCUUUCUCGUGCUCAGGUGAAGAAGCUGUUAAAUAAAACUGUUGUUCGGGAAUCUUGCUUUUACCGUAAGCUAACUGACUGUGCCAAAGAUGAAGCAAUUCCUUUUGUAAAUGAACCUCCUCAAGAGAGUCUUUUAGGAAAUAAGGCAUUGUUACCAUGUCAUAAAUUGGCAGUCGAGAAGAAUGAAUCUCCUGACUCGGGCACUCUUAUAAUUUAUAAUGGCGCAAUGGUAGAUAUUGGGAGCUUGAUGCAGAAGCUGGAGAAAAGUGAAAAAGCCAGAGAGGAAAUCGAGCAGAAGCUUCAGUGUCAAGAGACCAAGCAAGGUGAAGAUAAUAAGUUGAUAUUACAACUGGAAACUUCGAACAAAAACCUAUCUUCCGAGCUGAAAGAAAUCAAAAAUUACCUUUCCCAGGCUGAAGAAAAUUUGAAAACAACAGAGCAACAGAAAUCCUAUUAUGAAGAACACUUGCAUAAAACAGCUUCAAGUUUGAGUAAAGUUAUGGAAGAACUCCAAAAUGUUCUAAAAAAGGGUGUAUCUAAGUCUGAAGAAAACAGCCAAUCAUCAAGAGAGAAUGGUUCUGAUGAAUGACUACCCAACUUCUUUUAACUUUGUCUAGUGGUCUAAAUAUUACUGUACAUAAGAGAGCUAAAGGAAUGAAUGUGAAUGAAAAGAUGCAUGUUUUUGCAUUUUAUUUUUUUGUUUUAUGUUCCCUACAAAACUCCCUCAUAUAGUUUUAUGAAGAAGUGUUCUUUAUGUAAACCACUUCAUAAUUUAUGAAGUACUUACUGCCCUUUCACAUGAAAGAGGGAGUGUGGUGAAUUGUAAUAUUUUAAAGCUAAUAAGACUUACAUUUUAUGGAAGGGAUGCACUAUACAAUAAUUUGUUUACUUGAAAUUAUUGUUACAGUCUUUGGUAUAAGGCAUUUAACAUUGAAUUUAAGUUAACAGAGGAAAUCGUUUGUCCUCCCGCACCUACAAUUAUGUAAGAAAAUGAAUAAAAAAAAUAAUUUUU